CGCCUUGGCGUGGGAAACCAAGACAUGUGGGUUCGAAACCUGCAGGGGAUACAUUAAAUCCGGAACUCAAGUACCUCAGGUUUCUAAUAAAUACAGAGGUGUACAAAUCACUUCAAUGAAUCACUCUAUGUUUCUGAGCUGGAAAGUUAUUAUUGCAUUUACAGAGCUGCUUAAUCUUAUAUCAAUCUCAACUAUAUUAUAUAAGAGCUCUAAAAAUACAAGGCUGAUUACACUAUAUAAGAUCUGGCUUAAAGCUCUAUCUUCUGCAUGCA